AUGUAUCUUACUUAUAUAUUUAUGUUACAUAUUUUGUCGAACACACCAGUUCAACCAAGAGCUCCACCACAGCGAUCUACACAUAAUCUUCAACAUCAGCAUCAACCAAACCAAUCUGAUUGCGGACAGUGCGAAAUCUAUUUCCAGAUAGCUAGAAGUGGCAUUGUGAAAGUUGUCAGCAGUAUUUUCAAGAGAAAAAAGAUUGGUCUAAUUAUUUUCAUAUUCAUUGGCAUACAUGUUGCUAGAUUUAUAGCAGGAGUUGUCAAGAUUACAUCCGAUUGUCCAGACGAAAAAUAUGUAGCCGUGUUUUUGUUGGUGAAAUCUCUUUUUGGAUUAUUAGUCUGGAUUACCUUGGCAGUACUGGGUUGCGUGGAAAAAUUGAAGGAUGCCAUGGAAAAUCUUUUUGUGGAAAUAAGUCUGGAUGUUGAAUCCCUGUUUUCGCUUAUUUGGCUCAUUAUCGGAAGUAAGUGGACAUUUGGUGCCCGGAAUGAUAUGAUUGACGAAUGUCCAUUUCGUGUAGAUGACUGGGACUACCAUUUUAUCAAUUUUGCUGCAUUUCUUGUCGGACUUGAUUGGUUUUGUGUUCUUGUAUUUGUUUUAUACUGUGGUUAUGUUUAUUGGGACCGUACGGAAGUUCAACCAACCGUCUGAUUUUCGUUGAAGAACAUUUACCAACAUCUGUAAAUAAUGUGCUGAUUAUAAUUAUCAUGAGGUAGCUGGUAGUUGGAUAUUUGAAUAACCAACUGCCUACUAGCUGGUAGUUGGUUAUUAGUAGUUCUCAAAUAUUUAACAGCUGGUAGUUGGUAACUCAAUCCACUAUCACCAGCAUGAAAUGUUGAAACGAACAUAUCAUACAUUUUUAAACAAAGAAUAAAGUAUGGUACCAAGCUGGUUGGUUAUUCGCGCGAAUCCCCAACUACCUACAAGAAGGUAGUUGGUAAUUCGAACUUUGCAUGUUUCCCCACAAAACAGAAAGUACUUUAAUAUAACGGAUAUACAUUUAUAGCAAGAUAUGUGUUCUUUAACAUUGAAACACCCUAUGUCUCCCUGUGUCUAUCAGGGGACUCGGUUUGUUAUUCGCGCGAAUACCCAACUACCAUCUAGUAGGUAGUUGUUUAUUCGAAUAUCAAACUACCUACCAAAUUGACCCUCAUAUAAUGCAUGUUUAGUUGGUAAAUAAUUUGUAAAUAAAAAUUCUAUGACUUUGUAUCUAAAAGGGGUGUUAUUUCAAAACAAAUUAAGUUU